GUAUAUCGCUGUGUCAGACAAAGCUAGGGGAAGAGGAAAUGGUGCCCAAAGCCAAGGCAAUGGGGAUUUUAAUGGAAGAAGAGGACAAGGAAGGGGGUACAAUCGUGAGCAGAGGAAUUUGAGAAAUGAGAAUUUCAGAAACGGGAAUCGGGUUCCUCGUCAGAAUGAGAAUCAACACCGUAAUGGUUCUGGUUCGGAGAAUGGAAGUGAAAUCCAAGAAAGUCCGCGAGGAAAUGGUAACGGUUUUCCUAGAAACAGGUAUGAGAGUGGAAACAACAAUGGGGGGAAAGAUUAUCCAAGGAGAUCUAAUUAUAAUGACGGGGAGCCUCAGAAGUUUGCUGGUGGACGGAACUGGAGGAAUGAUCGAAGGAAUAAUGGUCAAUAUGUUGACAACAAGAAUGCUAACAACGGUCAAGAUGCAUCUGAGAGGAAAAUGAGUAAAACUGCUGAAGUGCAAAAUGUUGAACAGCCUGCGAAGACCCUCACUGAAGAGGAAAAGAGACGUCUUGAAGAGAAAGAAAAGAUGGAACGUGAAUGGAAUGAAAAGAGUGAACGAUUGAAGAAAGAGAGGGAAGCGGAAGCAAAGAAACUUACACUUCAUCAAUAUGAGGAAAAAUGCCAAGAGAAAAGAAAGGCACUAGAAGAGAAACUGAAGAAAUUUGAAGAGGAGAAAAAGACACCAGAAGGUUUGAAGCCUGAGGAAAGGAAGGUCGUGAUUGAAAGAGAAGUGAAAAUUAUUGAGAAAAAGAAAGAUGAAGUUUUCGUUCAGCUGAAAUCUGAUAAGCUGCAGAGGAGAAAUAGUCAUGGAAAGAAAGACAAAGUUCGUGAGCCAAUCAUCCCAAAUUUUCAGUUCCGUAGACCUGAAAGGAGUGAUCAUCGCAGAAACAAUAACGACCAAGGCCCAGACAACCGCAAUGGCGGCAGAGAUUAUACUCGAGGUGGUUUCUCUGCUCGCAUGCCUGAGAAAGAGGCAAAGCCUGAGCCUAAGCCUGCUCCUAAGGCUUCUCAUGCACCUGUAAUUGAAGAUUGUGGCCAGUUCCCAGCUCUUGGUGGUGCUCCGAAGGCAUAGAUUUUGUUAGUCAGUGUUUUCCCUUUUUUUUUUUUUUUUUUUUUUUUUUUUCCCCCUUUUUUUU